UGUGGCUUAAACGGUGAACAACAAACAGGGUGGCACAAAGUCCUGUCCUCUCGUUAGUGUUGCAAGACGAUUAUGUAGUAAAAAAAUAAUGACCGUUACUUUUUUGAUCAAUGAUCGAAUGAAAGGAGAAGGGAUACUUUAUUAAUUUUUAUUUUUGUAAUGUUUACAUGUGACUGUCUUAAGUUUUCACUUUUUUGAGUGCUUUGUUGUGAAGGUGCUAUUAGCAGCCCUCAGACAAGAUGGACAUCGCCGAUGAAGCAGAUAUCUGCCGCGUCUGUCGGUCAGAAGGAUCGCUGGACAAACCACUCUACCACCCAUGUGUCUGCACUGGCAGCAUUAAGUUCAUCCAUCAGGAAUGUCUACUGCAGUGGCUCAAACACAGCAGGAAAGAAUACUGUGAACUAUGCAAACACAGGUUUGCUUUCACUCCCAUUUACUCUCCAGACAUGCCAACACGCUUGCCUUUCCAAGACAUCUUUUCAGGGCUGGUCACCAGUAUUGGAACAGCCAUCAGAUACUGGUUCCACUACACACUGGUGGCCUUCGCCUGGUUAGGUGUGGUGCCUCUCACAGCAUGUCGCAUCUACAAGUGUCUGUUCACGGGUUCUGUCAGCACACUCCUCACCCUGCCGUUAGACAUGCUUUCAACACAGAACCUGCUGGCCGACUGUCUUCAUGGCUGUUUUGUGGUCACAUGCACGCUGUGCGCCUUCAUCAGCCUGGUGUGGCUCAGGGAGCAGAUCGUACACGGUGGCGCCCCUCAAUGGUUGGAGCAGAAUCAGCCUCCUUUGGUUCCCAACCAGCCAAAUGGCCCUGCAGCUGCCAAUGAGGCACCAGGUGGGAAUGGUGCCGUCAAUGCUCAGGCCGCUGGCCGCUUCCCAGGAGGCCAGCAUGGCGAGGACCCUGUCAUUCAUGGUCUGGUUCCUGCCAAUGCACACGGACCUGACCAUCUGGAAGACGAGGCUGUACUUGAUGAUGAAGAAGAAGACGACCAAGAUGAAGAGGAAGAGGAUGACGACGGCAGGGAAGAGGACCCUGUUGAUGCCAUUCUUGGAGGACUUGAGGAUCUGAACUGGAACGCUUUGGAAUGGGACCGUGCAGCAGACGAGUUGACCUGGGAAAAGAUGCUUGGGCUGGACGGCUCCCUCGUUUUUUUGGAGCAUGUCUUCUGGGUGGUCUCUCUUAACACACUCUUCAUCCUGGUUUUUGCCUUUUGUCCAUAUCACAUUGGUCAUUUCUCAGUUGUUGGAUUGGGCUUUGAAGACUAUAUCACAGCAUCGCACUUUGACGGCCUCAUCACCACCAUCGUGGGUUACAUCCUGUUGGCUGCAGCCCUCAUGGUCUGCCAUGUAUUUGCUUCAUUAGUAAAGUUCCAGCGUUCCAAACAACUCUUGGGAGUCUGUUACAUUGUUGUUAAGGUGUCCCUGCUGGUAGUUAUGGAGAUAGGCUUGUUUCCCUUGAUUUGUGGUUGGUGGCUGGACAUUUGUUCUCUGGAAAUGUUUGAUGCAACCUUAAAGGACAGGGAGCAGAGUUUUGACUCGGCUCCUGGUACGACCAUGUUCCUCCAUUGGCUCGUCGGAAUGGUCUAUGUCUUUUACUUUGCCUCCUUCAUUCUUCUUCUCAGAGAGGUUUUGCGGCCUGGUGUAUUGUGGUUCCUAAGGAACUUGAACGACCCAGACUUUAAUCCAGUGCAAGAGAUGAUCCACCUGCCCAUCUAUAGACACCUUAGAAGAUUUAUCCUCUCUGUGGUGGUUUUUGGUUCAAUAGUUUUACUGAUGCUUUGGCUUCCUAUUAGGAUCAUUAAACUUCUCCUCCCGACUUUCCUUCCCUACAACGUCAUGCUUUACAGUGAUGCACCAGUUAGUGAGCUGUCAUUAGAGCUGUUGUUGCUUCAAGUUGUUCUGCCAGCGCUGCUGGAGCAGGGUCACACCCGACGCUGGCUCAAACGCCUCGUCCACGCCUGGACAUUCACAGCUGGAUACAUGUUUGACCUACACUCAUAUUUGCUUGGAGAACACGACGAUGAAGACAACGAACCAAUUAACAACAAUCGCCCUGCUCGCCAUAAUAACAACAAUAACGGCAUGCGUGGUCUUGGGGAGGGGCUACAUGCUGCCCACCAGGCCAUAUUGCAGCAGGGUGGUCCAGUGGGAUUUCAGCCGUACCAUCGACCUAUCCAUUUUCCUCUUAAGAUCGUUCUUUUGGUCGUCUUCAUGUGUGUGACGCUGUUACUAGCCAGUCUGAUCUGCCUUACACUACCAGUGUGUAUGGGCCGCUUGUUGAUGUCUUUCUGGAUGGGCAGCGCCAUGGUCCAUGAGCUGUACACAGCCGCCAGUGGUCUGUAUGUCUGCUGGUUGUCCAUACGGGCUGCCACUGUGGUGCUGUCCUGGAUGCCAGAGGGACCGAGCGUCAUCAUGCUCAAAGUCCAGGAGUGGACACUCAUGAUUCUGAAGACGGUCGUGGUGGCCGUGCUGUUAGCUGGAGUGGUUCCUCUUCUGUUGGGUCUGCUGUUUGAGCUGAUUGUUGUGGCACCUCUCAGAGUCCCACUGGACCAAACACCACUCUUCUAUCCCUGGCAGGACUGGGCGCUGGGUGUGCUCCAUGCUAAAAUUAUUGCAGCCAUUACACUGAUGGGCCCUCAGUGGUGGCUGAAGACGGUCAUUGAACAGGUCUAUGCUAAUGGAAUCCGAAAUAUUGACUUGUACUUCAUCUUAAGAAGACUGGCUGCUCCAGUCAUCUGUGUCCUGCUGCUGUCCCUGUGUGUCCCCUACACCGUCUCCAAAGGCGUCACGCCACUGCUGGGGGUGCAGCCGGAGAUGCAGACGCUGGUGGAGAGAACCAUCUAUCCUUCAGUCAUCAUACUGGCCAUUCUGUCCAUCCAGAUACGGCAGUUUAAGCGCUUGUACGAGCACAUCAAAAAUGACAAAUACUUGGUCGGACAGAGGCUGGUGAACUAUGAAUGUAAGACGGGCAGGAGUGUGUCGUCGGCCUCCUACAGCACCUCACAGACCUGAUGCUGCCGUGGGAUCAGUAGGCUAACUCUGUCCAGUGCUGAGAAAGUACCACAGCCCCAUGUAAUAAUGGAACGGUUUCGUUUUAAAAGAGUUUCAACUCUUAGUUGUCAGUAUCAGCUGUAUCAGCAGAACCACAACCUGGUCCUCCUGUCUGUUUGGUUCACAGGUGUGCGUGUGUGUGUGCGUGUGUGUGCGCGUUUUGUGUUUUAUAUCUCACCAGAGUUGUACAGAUGUGAGAUCCAGGUGAGUUAGGUGUAGCUUUUACCUCAGAGUGUGCUUCCUGUUGAACGUUUGCGGUGGAAUAUUGUACAGAUAACAACAGGCGGCGCUGUGGUUCUGCUCUCAUCGUACAUCUGCCAGUUGAAAGUUGUCGGUGACAAAAACUGAGAUAAUUUUAAUUUCUACAUAUUUUAACUAGAUGUGAUUUUAUUGCAUUUCUUUUUUUUAAGCUUUGUUUUUCCCAUGAGAGAUAGUCUUUCAGGGUAAUCCUCUUAGGAUAUCAUUUUAAAUGAGCGUCACAUUUCUGGCAGUCAGUGAUUUCAUUUUACUUUAAUAUUUUUUUAAUGUGAAUUAUUGCGUUCUACAUUCCUUAGCCUUUGGCUGGUGACAGAAACACAGGAAGAAAGAUCUGAAUAUCUGAAAAUGGUCGGCCUGGGGCUAACGCCAAAGCUAAUUAUGUUUAUAGUCAAGUUUAACCCACAGCUUGACUCAAGCAUUUUCACAUCUUACCAUUGUGAGUCUGCAGCCUUUUCUCAUCUCCUCAGGCUGCAGAAGACUUCAUUUUGCAUUCACAAAAGUGAGAGUGGUGCAAAGUUUGCAGCGUCUUAUACUUUUCUAUGCAAUCUCACUGCACUACAAAAGAAAAAAAAAAUCUGGAAAAGAUCUUUGUCAAACCUAAAUAAGGAUUUUUUUGUUAAAUGUUGCACUUGAACUCACUGUGUAGAAAAGUAUGGUCAACAACACAAAUGUGUUGUUUUGUUUUUCACUGACUCCGACAGGUGUCAGUUCAUUUCACUGUGAUGGCUGCACAGAGCGAUACAACUAAGUUCAACGUCAUUUUUUCUUUUCUUUUAGCACAUGAACACUGUUCCGCACCUAAUCACUGUUUUCCUAUUGAGAUAAUGUAGACUGUAAUUGUUGUAGUGCUGCUGUGUUGCUCACAUGAUGUUAUAAAGUGACCUUUUUGUCACGUGGUUAUAACCCAGCUUCCGACUCUGGUCCUGGAUUUCAUUUUGUAGAAACAAACAAUUUCUAUUUUUGUAUGUGUAAAAAGGCAGCGGCAUGUUCUGUAAUAUGGAAGAAAUACUUUGAGGUCUAACAACUGUGGCUUCACACGAACCAAUAAACCAUUGUGUUGACUGACA